ACACAUUCACAACCAUGGGUCUCCGAGACGCGCUGAGGAAAAAGGACGCCAUAAACCAUGACCAACAGGGCCCCGAGAUCUUCGUCCGCGCCGACUCCGACUCCGUCACGCAGCAGUUCGCCACGGUGCCGCCGCCGCCGCCGGACCAAGAGCAAGGACUCGACACGCCGGGCUUCAACGACGCCCUGCUGUCGCCCGCCGCGUCCACCGGCGGCGGCGGCGGCGAGCAGGGCCGCAAGUCCCGGCGCAGCUUCGACUUCUUCCACUCGUCCGACCAGCCGCGGAGCCCCUCGGCGUCCUCGGCCACCAGCCAGACCAAGAAGGGGAGCACGGCCAGGCGCCUGUCGCACCGCCUGCACCUGAGCCGCUCCCCCGAGACGUCGGAGCACGUGCCGCAGAACCUGCCCGAGAUCGUCGUGCCCGGCAGCGGCGACGGCGACCGGGAGGCCGAGGAGCUGCAGUGGGAGAAGAGGGCCACGAUGCUGGCCCAGAACGACGGCGCUGCUGCUGCUGCCCGCAGCCGCAGCGCGUCCACGCACUCUGCCACCGCCCCGGUCUCGUCCAAGCAGAUCGAUGCCGACAUCCAGGAGGCCAUCCGCCUGCAUGAGGAGGGGAACUUUGCCGAGGCCACCAAGAUGUUUGGGCGCCUUGCAGACGAGAAUGGCGCCAACAACCCGCUGAGCCAGGUUCUCUAUGGACUGGCCCUCAGGCACGGCUGGGGCUGCACGCCAGAUCCUGGGCGAGCGGUCCACUAUCUAACGGCAGCGGCCUCGAACGCUGCAGCCGUCGAGGAAAUGGCCAUCCAGGCCGGUCUGAAGAAGGGAGGGGCGGCAAAGGGAGAGCUGGUUCUGGCCAUCUUCGAGCUUGCCAAUUGCUUCCGCCACGGCUGGGGCAUCGACAAGGACCCAAUCGCCGCGAAGCAGUACUAUGAGACAGCGGCAAACUUGGGUGAUACUGACGCCAUGAACGAGGUUGCUUGGUGCUACCUGGAGGGCUACGGCUGCAAGAAGGACAAGUACACUGCAGCCCAGUACUAUCGACUGGCUGAGAAGGCAGGCAACAAGACCCUAGGAAACACAUGGAUAUGGAAGGAAAAGUACGACCCAGGCAAAGGCAGGAAAAAAUAG